AUGAUAUCGUCCACUGGUAAUGCAGAGUUGACAACAAAUAGUCAAUUUACAGAUCCAUCCACUAUAAAUAAAGUUGAUCCUGAAUAUAGGGAUUACAUUAAUCAUCUACAGAAUAGUACAACAGCUUUGAGACGCGAAAAUAGUAUUUUGAAGAAUGACAAUGCAGCUCUUGUAGCUAAGCUAGAUAGAGUAGUUAGCUCUAGUAGAAGUGGUAUUAAACUAUCUGAAAAUGCAACCACUGCAGAAAUAUCAGAGGCUUUUGACAAACUCUCAAGUGAAAAUAUACUUUUAAAGAGAGAGAUGGAACGUCUUAUAAGAGAUAAUAAUAGAUGUAAGAUUGCAUUGCAAAAUAAUGAUCCAAGUAUUUUACCAAAAGAAUACUAUAAUACAAAGCUUGUGGAGCCAUCCUCACUCAAAAAUAUUCAAAAUAGUAAUCAGACUCUUUGUCAGUGUGAAUAUAUUCUUAAUGAACUAUUUGAAGCAGUGACAUAUAAAUUGGAAUCAUAUGAGAAGCAUAUCUGGGAGCAUAGAAUGUCAUCUUUGAUGGCAGAAAGGGAUGAAUUAGCUGUCCAAAAUAUGUCACUUACUGAUAGACUGGCAGAAAUAGAAGCAAUAAUUAAAGUUGAUCAUAUUUUAGCUGAAAGAUUUAAUAGACCAUUAGAAGGAACAGAUGAAAAAAACCAAAUUUUGACCUUACAUAGGAAGUUGGGCUUUGCAUUGGAUGUAAAUCAACAACUAGAACGUCGACUUGCAUUUGAAUCACAGCUUUCAAGAUCUUGGCAAAGUAACAUGCACACUAUUGUUAGUGAGCUUCGUCAGUAUUUAUAUGAACUUGGAGCAGCAAUUCGUAAUUCAAAUGGAUGUGGAUUUUUCCGAUCAUGUGGAGAAGCGCUUAAAGGAACUCGUAAUAAUGGGAAUUCUAAUGUAGCAGAUGAUACUUUGAAUAUAGGGAUAAAGAAAUCGGAUAGAGAAAGUCUGAGACUUUUAAGACUAGCAAAACAAAGGAUAGAAGCAGAUGCAAAGCGUCUAGAGACCUGUAAUAAGAGAAUAAUUGAACUUGAGAAUGAAGUUGCUUCUUUGAGGGUACGUAAUCAUACUUCUAUAUACCAGGAUGGUGCAAUGCAACGAGCAAUACAAGAGCAAAUGGCUACUUCUGGGACUAUGAAUAAAGAUCUUCAGUUAUAUAAGAGUAAAUCCUCAAUAAAAGAUGAAACUAUAAGUAAUAAUAAACAUAGAGAUAAUAUUAAAGAAGGGGGAACUGUGGAAAUGACGAAAGCUAAUGUAAUUGAAAAUUUCAAUGUAGAUGGGGAUGAAAUAACAGCAAACGAUAAUGGUAUAAAAUCAUUAUCUAAAAAGAAAGAUAAUGAAAAUCCUGGGAUAAUGAGGGUUACUGACUCAAAUAAGAGAUCAGGAAGCAAAUCUCACACUCAUGUGAAACUUUCUGCUCCACAUAAUGGAAACUCCUGA